AUUAAUUUAAACUUCUUUUUAACGGGUUUAUUAAUUUAUGUUUCUUCUACUUUUAGUGCUGCCAAGUAAUUAAAAAAUUACCUUUGGCGUUCGUCUGAAUACGAACCUCUAAUCUAUAAUUAAAUAAUGCUUCGAUGCACUCCAUUUAACUCAAUUAGAAUUUGAUUUGCUUUUAUAAUGUAGUAAAAGAAUCAGUGAUAAUUAUUUAUUUUUAUUAAAUGAUUGCCUAUGACAACAAUGAUAGAGUACUAGAUCAGUACAGAUACCAUAAUAUUCAUGACGGUCUCCAUAGCAACGGUUAUUUGACUUGCAUUUAUCGGUAGUUAAUAAAAGAACGUUUAAAGUUGAUAAGUACUGUUUAAGUGGUUAGCAAUAGCUUAAGUUCAUCGUGGGGUAAAAUGGAUGCGAGCUUUGUCAGUCAAAUGUCCUGCAUCUGUGUCGGGCCGAAACGUGCAGGAAAAACCCACCUUCUAAAGGCACUGGAGAAUCCGGACUGUAUUGAUGAGACAACCUAUUCAAUGCCAACAAAUGGCACAAAUAUUUUUACAAUCAAUCUUUCAACAAGGCUUCCAAAUGGUUCAAACCCAACUGAGAAAACUAAUAAACAGACACAUUUAAAUGAUGAAAAGAACAGCAACGAAGUCUCAGGCGCCACAGAGCUAAAGAAUAAGAGGCUCAAGGCUCCAUUAAAAUGCAUACGAGUUUUGGAAAUUGGUGGGGCGAUGGCACCACUCUGGCGACAAUACUAUGAAAAAGUGUCGAAGAUAAUUUAUGUCGUCGACACUUCAAAUCUUUGUCAAAUUUCUGCAGCAGGGGUUCUGCUCUAUUCUAUAUUGGCCGAGCCUCGAUUGCAGCGCUGUCGAAUUUUAUUAGUCUUAGCUAAGAUGGAUUAUGCCUACCGGCAGAUGCGCAAUGAAGCUUUACUUAUGCUACAAAUAUCCAAGCUUCAAAAGGAAAUUCGGCAACAGUUAACUAUUGUGGAGGCUAGCGCCGUUAGUCACGUGGGUUUCGAAGCUAUAUAUGCCUGGUUACAGAUCCCUUAGAAUUUUCAAGUAAAAUGUAAU